CACACACACACACACACACACACACACACACACACACACACACACACACACACGGGGAACAGCGCCCCAUCCAUAAUUGAUGCUAGCUGUGGGCAGGCAGAUGCUGGAGGCAGGAGGAAGAAGGGAGGAAGAAGGGAGGGAAGGAGGGAGAGCAGCUGGAUGUGUUUAUGGAGGAGAAAGAGGAAGGCAAGAUGGUGGAGCAGGGUAACCAAGAGGCCCCUCCCCCUCCAGACUCCAGGACUCAGCCGUACCCCUCCGCCCAAUUUGCCCCCCCUCAGAACGGCCUGCCCGCUGAGUUCACCGCCUCACACCCUCACCCUGCGCCCCCCGACUACACAGGACAACCCCCCGUCAGCGAACACCCCCUCAACAUGUACCCCACUUCACAGAACCACAGUGAACAGAGUGGACAGGACACCAGCAUACAGACCGUCUCAGCCACAGCCACAACAGAGGAGGAGUCUCAGACAGACAGUCAGCAGCAGAGCCAGUCGUCUGACAGUUGUAACAGUAAGACUCAACCCAAGCGUCUCCAUGUCUCCAACAUACCCUUCAGAUUCAGGGACCCAGACCUCAGGCAAAUGUUUGGCCAAUUUGGUCAAAUCUUAGAUGUUGAAAUCAUUUUUAAUGAGCGGGGCUCUAAGGUAGGUGAUGCGUUGUGUUUCUCUUCUGCAUGGUAGUUGUUAGAGGAAGCUAGAGGUUAGAGAUGUGUGUUAGAGGAAGCUAGAGGUUAGAGAUGUGUGUUAGAGGAAGCUAGAGGUUAGAGAUGUGUGUUAGAGAAAGCUAGACGAUAGAGAUGUGUAAGAGGAAGCUAGAGGUUAGAGAUGUGUGUUAGAGGAAGCUAGAGGUUAGAGAUGUGUGUUAGAG